AUGGAUGGAGAAGAAGAUUUUUACUCGUUCCACUCCCGGGCUAGCUUGAAAAGCCCCCCGUCGUCGGUGAACAACGAAAUGGGAGAAAUGGCGUUUAUGAUAGUCGAUUAUCUCAAGGAAGCAAUGAAAGCCAUGGACAUGAUGCGCGGCCACCAAAUGCUCACCGACGUGAUUUUAGAAGUGGGAAAAGAGUUUUUUUACGCGCACAAGGUGGUCCUGGCGGCGGCCAGUCCUUAUUUCAAGGCGAUGUUCACAGGGGGACUGAAGGAGUGCGAUAUGGACAGGAUCAAAUUGCAGGGCGUCUCCGCCACGGCGCUCGCUAGACUCAUACAUUUCAUGUAUACAGGCAGGAUCAGGGUGACGGAGAACACCGUGUGCCAAUUGCUACCCGCCGCUACAAUGCUACAGGUUCCUAACGUUAUACAAGCUUGCUGUGAUUUCUUAGAACGCCAAUUAGACCCGAGCAACGCCAUCGGUAUCGCGUCGUUCGCGGAACAACACGGGUGCAUCGAAUUGUGCAAAAAAGCCAAUCAGUACAUCGAAAAACACUUCUCACAGAUAUGUCGCGAGGAGGAGUUCCUGCAAUUGUCCACGCUCCAAGUGAUCAAUCUGAUAAAAAAGGACGAGUUGAACGUGCAGGACGAAAAGGAGGUGUACAACGCCGUGUUGAAAUGGGUGAAGUACGACGAGGAGAGCAGACAUCAGAAGAUGGAGCCGAUUUUGAGCGCCGUCCGUUGUCAAUUCCUGCCGCCUCAGUUCCUCAACGAUCAGAUGACGAAUUGCGAGGUGAUUAAGAAAACGCCCGCCUGCAAGGAGUACCUAGCUAGGAUAUUUAAGGAUCUCACGUUGCACGUUAAGAUGGAAGAUAUCAAAGAAAGAUGCCCGAAUAUACCGAGGGUUAUCUACAUAGCGGGCGGUUAUUUCAGACAAUCCUUGGAUAUACUAGAAGGUUAUAACGUUGACGAGAAAGUUUGGUACAAACUAGCCAGGUUAACGGUACCGAGAUCUGGACUCGGCGGCGCUUUUUUGAAGGGCAUAUUCUACGCGGUAGGCGGCCGGAACAACAGUCCCGGUAACAGCUACGAUUCCGAUUGGGUGGACAAAUACAAUCCCAUCAAGGACACGUGGCGCCCCUGCAGCCCCAUGUCCGUACCGAGGAAUCGAGUUGGCGUUGCCGUCAUGGAUGGGCUUCUGUACGCCAUUGGAGGCAGCGAAGGCAACAAAUAUCACAACACCGUCGAAAGAUACGAUCCGGAGAUAGACAGGUGGACCCAAAUCACCCCGAUGCAUUACAAAAGAUUGGCGGUGGGGGUUGCAGUGGUGUGUCGACUGUUAUACGCCCUCGGCGGUUACGACGGCGUCGAGAGACACCGGAGCGCCGAGUGUUAUCAUCCCGAGAACAACGAAUGGACGAUGAUCGCUCCGAUGCACGUGCCGAGGAGCGGUGCAGGCGUAGCGGCUAUAAACCAAUUCAUCUACGUGAUAGGCGGUUACGACGGCAAGAGGCAACUGUGUUGCGUGGAACGGUACGAUACCGAGCGCGAUUUGUGGGAGUUCGUGACGCCUAUGAAGAUCGCCCGGAGCGCCCUCAGCGUGACAGUGUUGGAUUGCAGAAUCUACGCCAUGGGUGGUUACGACGGCCAGAACUUUCUCAAAGACGUGGAGAUUUACGAUCCGGCUCGUAACACGUGGGAGGUGGGCGAGCAACUGACGUCCGGCAGAUCGGGUCACGCGAGCGCCGUGUGUUUCCAACCGUGCAUGCCCGAACAACAGGAACAUUGUCCCGCCAUGGCGGAAGCGCAUCCGCCGCAACGUCAGUAUUCUUCCGCGUCGAAGGGAUAA